AUGCUAUCGCCCCGUUUAGUGUUGUUCUUUACGUUUUUUUUGUCCUUAACUAGAGCAUUUUAUCUACCUGGUGUUGCACCUACCACGUAUCAUGAAGGUGACGAGAUACCUUUAUUGGUCAACCAUUUAACUCCAUCAGUUUACUUUCAACGUACCGAUGCAAACGGUAAAUCUAAGAAUAAAGAACAUUUUCUAUAUUCUUUUGACUAUUACUUUGAUAGAUUGCAUUUCUGUAAACCUGAGCACAUUGAAAAACAACCUGAAUCACUAGGUUCCAUUAUUUUCGGUGAUAGAAUCUACAAUUCUCCCUUUGAAUUGAAAAUGUUAGAAGAGAAAACAUGUGUUUCCCUUUGUAAAAGUACCAUUCCAGGUAAAGAUGCCAAGUUUAUUAAUAAAUUAAUUAAGAACGGUUUUUUCCAAAAUUGGUUGAUUGAUGGGUUACCUGCCGCCACUCAGGUCUAUGAUCGUAAGACCAAGUCAGAAUUUUAUGGGACUGGGUUUGAACUUGGGUUUGUUGAAUCUUUCCAAGCUAUCGAUGGACAAGCUCCAGCUACUACUAAACCAAAGCAAACUACAAACGAAGGAUUGGAACUUGAGACACGUGAAGCGAAGAAUGUUCAAAUGGUGAAGAAUAUUGAAAUAGCAUACUUUGUUAACCAUUAUGAUAUCCAAGUUGAAUAUCACGAUCGUGGUGAAGGUACCUAUCGUGUUGUCGGUGUUAUUGUUAACCCGGUCUCGAUCAAACGUUCGACACCAGGUACCUGUGAAACAACCGGUGAUCCAUUAGUUUUGAGCGAAGAUGCAGAUAACGACGUUUACUUUACUUAUUCUGUAAAAUUCGUUCCCUCUGAAACUGUCUGGGCUACAAGAUGGGAUAAAUACUUGCAUACAUAUGAUCCAACUAUCCAAUGGUUCUCCCUGGUUAACUUCUCUAUUAUUGUGUUGUUGUUAUCUUCUGUAGUUAUUCAUUCUUUAAUGAAGGCUUUGAAGAGUGAUUUUGCUCGUUAUAAUGAGUUCAAUUUAGAAGAUGAUUUUCAAGAAGAUGCUGGUUGGAAAUUGGGACAUGGUGAUGUCUUCCGUAUUCCUCAUAAGUCAAUGUUGUUAUCAGUCCUUGUAGGUUCUGGUGUCCAAUUAUUUUUGAUGAUUUCCUGUAGUAUAUUCUUUGCUGCAUUGGGCUUCUUAUCUCCAAGCUCAAGAGGUUCUUUGGCAACUGUUAUGUUCAUAUUAUAUGCAUUAUUCGGAUUUGUUGGGUCAUAUACCUCUAUGGCAGUGUACAAAUUUUUCAAGGGGCCAUACUGGAAGGUUAAUAUGCUUUUGACUCCAUUUAUGAUUCCCGGCUUCAUCUUUUUGACUAUUGUUGGCUUGAACUUUUUCUUAAUGUUUGCACAUUCUUCCGGUGUUGUUCCAGCAGGAACCCUAUUCUUUAUGAUCCUAUUAUGGUUUAUCUUCUCAAUCCCAUUGGCAUUUGCAGGUUCUUUGAUUGCACACAAGAAAUGUACUUGGGAUGAACAUCCUACUAAGACAAAUCAAAUCGCAAGACAAAUUCCCUUCCAACCUUGGUAUUUGAAAACAUGGCCUGCAACCAUGAUUGCUGGUAUUUUCCCAUUCGGUUCUAUUGCAGUAGAAUUGUAUUUUAUCUACACCAGUUUAUGGUUUAACAAAAUAUUCUACAUGUUUGGAUUUCUGUUGUUUUCCUUCUUGUUGUUAACUUUAACGACCUCCUUAGUGACAAUUUUAAUAACUUACCAUUCCUUAUGUUUAGAAAACUGGCAAUGGCAAUGGAGAGGUUUUAUUGUUGGUGGUGUUGGUUGUGCGAUCUACGUGUUCGUUCACUCUAUCUUAUUUACUAAGUUUAAGCUAGGAGGAUUUGCAACGAUUGUUUUAUAUGUAGGCUACUCUACGAUGAUUUCUUUGUUGUUUUGUGUUGUUACAGGUGCUAUUGGGUUCCUAAGUAGUUUGAUCUUUGUCAGAAAGAUUUACUCUGCCAUCAAAGUUGAUUGA